AUGGACCUCUUAGCACAGACACUGGGGUCCAGCUCCAGCUGUGCCAUGACGUCAUCCGACCAAGAUGAGACGGGGAGCGAGCUGUCGGAGACCAUGGACAUCCGCGAGCUCCAGGACCAUUACGUGUCCACGGAAAACUGCUUCAAGUCCAAAAGUUUACCGAUCCUGAAUGGGCCGUGCGAACAUGGUGGCAGCUCCUCUGCGCAGGCUCUGCAGGUCGGCGCAAACUGCACCUGCUUGGCUGUGGAGGACAGCCUGGCGUUUCAGCUGAAGACUCCAGAAUCCAGCCAAGCGGAGUCCCCUUCCUCAUGGAUGGACUUUUCCCCCUCAGUGUCCAGCAUGGUGGGGCUAAGCAGCGCCAUGCCGGUGGAGGGCCACAGGUCAUCGGGGUCCAGAGGCAGAAAACUCUCUUUCUCUCUCAGUCGGUUUCUCUGGAUCCCUGCCAGGAAGUGUGUGCGGGUGAUCCUCAGUGACUCACGUUGCUUCUUGUUCUGCAUGUGCUACCUGACCUUCAUCCAGUCCCUGAUGGUUUCAGGCUACCUGAGCAGUGUCAUCACAACCAUUGAGAAGCGUUACAGCCUGCGAAGCUCCGAGUCCGGCCUGUUGGUCAGCUGCUUCGACAUCGGCAGCCUGCUGGUGGUAGUCUUCAUCUCGUACUUCGGCGGCAGGGGUCAGAGGCCGCGCUGGCUGGCCGUGGGGGGUGUCGUGAUAGCCAUAGGGGCGGCAUUGUUCUCCCUGCCUCAUUUUAUCUCCCCGCCUUACCAGAUCCAGGAGAUGAACUCCUCGGCUGGCCACGAAGGCCUCUGCCAAAGCGAGAACAGUAGCAGGGGGGAACUGGAGGUGGCCUCUUGCCCGCGAGAUCAGGAGGGAAAUGAGCACAACCUGUACGUGGCUCUGUUCAUUUGUGCCCAGAUACUCAUUGGCAUGGGGUCAACACCUAUCUACACCUUGGGGCCCACCUACCUGGAUGAUAACGUGAAGAAAGAAAAUGCUUCUUUGUACUUGGCCAUCAUGUAUGUUAUGGGAGCACUGGGUCCUGCUGCAGGCUACUUGCUGGGAGGCGUCCUUAUUGGCUUCUAUGUUGACCCGAAAACUGUGGUGAACAUUGACCAGAAUGACCCUCGCUUCGUUGGCAAUUGGUGGAGCGGCUUCCUCCUCUGUUCCAUAGCCAUGCUUCUUGUCAUUUUCCCCAUGUUCGCCUUCCCCAAAAAGCUGCCUCCACGCCACAAGAAGAGAAAAAAGAAGAAAAUGAUGAACUCGCCAGGUGAUGCGUCCAGUGAUGAUGAUGUGAUGAAGGAAAAGUCAAGUAGCAAAAGCCAAAAUGUGUCCUCCUCUAUGGGAUUUGGAAAAGACAUCAAAGACCUUCCCAAAGCUGCUCUGAGAAUCCUCAGCAACAUGACCUUUCUGUUCGUCAGCUUGUCCUACACAGCAGAGUGUGCCAUCGUCACGGCCUUUAUUACCUUCAUCCCCAAAUUUAUCGAGUCGCAGUUUGGCAUUCCCGCCUCCAGUGCCAGCAUCUACACAGGUUUAAUUAUCGUGCCUAGCGCCGGCGUGGGCAUCGUCCUGGGAGGUUACAUCAUCAAGAAGCUGAAGCUGGGCGCGAGGGAGUCGGCAAAGCUGGCCAUGAUCUGCAGCGGAGUGUCCCUGCUCUGCUUCUCAACGCUGUUCAUCGUGGGCUGUGAGAGCAUCAAUUUAGGAGGCAUUAACAUCCCCUACACCAAUGGUCCUACGCUGACCAUGACCCACUGGAACCUGACAGGCAGUUGCAAUGUAAACUGUGGCUGCAAAAUCCAUGAGUACGCACCGGUCUGUGGCUCCGACGGCAUCACCUAUUUCAACCCCUGCCUGGCCGGAUGCAGCACCGUCGGCAAUGACAGCACUGGGAUCAGGAACUACACAGACUGCGGCUGCGUUCAGAGCCGGCAGGUCAUCACUCCGUCGAAUGGUGGGCAGGUCAACCAGCUCCAGCUGGUGAUCGUCAAAACGUACCUGAACGAAAACGGCUACGCACUUUCCGGGAAGUGUGAUCGGACCUGUAACACACUCAUCCCCUUCCUCAUCUUUCUCUUUAUUGUCACACUCAUUACCGCGUGUGCCCAACCCUCAGCCAUCAUAGUGACGCUCAGGUCUGUUGAUGAACAGGAGAGGCCUUUUGCUCUCGGGAUGCAGUUUGUUUUGCUCCGAACUCUUGCCUAUAUACCCACGCCCAUCUACUUCGGCGCCGUGAUCGACACCACCUGCAUGCUGUGGCAGCAGGACUGUGGCGUGCAUGGCUCCUGCUGGGAGUACGACGUCACCUCAUUUCGUUUCGUCUACUUCGGCCUGGCCGCCAGCCUGAAGUUUGUCGGCUUCAUCUUCAUCUUUCUCACCUGGUACUCGAUCAAGCACAAAGAGGCGCAGGCCGAGCGCUGGCGCCAGCACCUGCCUCCUCUGGGUACAGUCAGUGAGCUCGUCUGUCACGCUGGCGGCCGGAAGAGCCAUGCCCGUACCCGCUCCUGCCCCGUGUUCAUCCCGCCCCGGCCUGACAUGCCGGCGGCGAUGCUGCUCGACCGUGGCCACAGCAGCCUAAGCUGCCCUGGUAACGGCCUCAAAACAAUACCUCCUGCUCUCUUACUACCACGCCACCACAGAGGCUCGGCCCAUGUCUGAGAAAGGGGGGGUACGUUGCGACGUGUGCCUUCCUGUUUGUGUCUCAACACGGCGUCUACUUUACAAAGCACCGACAAGUGUACCCACCGUACCUAAAGGGCUGGUCAUAGAUUCAUGAUAACCUCAGCAUAUCAUCAUCUGCAGCCACAACGGAUGGACGAUGUAAGAACAUUAAACUGGUGCUACAGACAAAACAAUGUCUGUAUAGGCACAAGAGUCAUCAACACAAAAAGCACAACACACUGUACUAUGCAAAAAGCAGCAUCCUGUUCCUUUCCUCUCAAUCCUACUUUACAAAAACCUUCAUUUUACUACCAGAGCUGUUUCCUCUGUCUUGUCUAAGGGGGAUUACACAUCUACAGUUAUAUUGGAAUUAGGAUUUGUAUUUCUGUUCACAAUUCUUUAUUUUUUGUUAGUUAUUUCCCGUAACAGUGCCUCUAAGGCUGUUUAAGCCAGUCCAGGUCACAUGUCUGGCUGUCAGGGUCAAUGUUGGCCGCAGAAAAAAAAUUUAAUAUUGUCUUUGCCAACUAAACCAUGUUUGUCACUAAAUUAUAUAAUCUCAGCAGAAAACUAAAGGAACAAAAAAACAUCUAAAAACGUGCUGAAGCUACUGAAAAUCCUAAAGAUGUGAAGAUGGGUU